CCGCGCGCUUCUCCCCGCAGGCCCCAGCCCGCCCUCCACCUCGCUGGUCGCGGCGCGGCGCGGCGCCGGAGCGGGCGGCAGCAUCCCGGGCUAUGGAGACCGGUUCGGACUCAGAUUCUUUAUACAAUUGCAUAUGUACGAGUGGAUGAACAUACCAUUGGUGAUCCAGAGGAUUUUUGUCAAGAUUGGAUAAACCAUGUAUCACAUUGAUUGUAGAGAUCAGCUCGAACGGGUCUUUUUACGACUUGGCCAUGCUGAAACAGAUGAACAGUUACAAAGUAUUAUAUCUAAAUUCCUCCCUCCUGUUUUGCUCAAACUGUCCAGCACCCAAGAAGGAGUACGGAAAAAGGUAAUGGAACUGCUGGUCCAUCUGAACAAACGUAUAAAAAGCCGCCCCAAAAUACAACUCCCAGUAGAGACAUUAUUGGUUCAGUACCAGGACCCUGCUGCAGUUUCCUUUGUCACGAAUUUCACUAUAAUUUAUGUUAAGAUGGGCUAUCCUCGCCUGCCAGUGGAAAAACAAUGUGAAUUGGCCCCUACACUUCUUACUGCCAUGGAAGGGAAACCUCAGCCACAGCAGGAUAGCUUAAUGCAUCUUUUAAUACCAACCCUUUUUCACAUGAAAUACCCAGCUGAAUCAUCAAAAUUAGCUUCUCCUUUUAAUCUUGCUGAGAAACCAAAGACUGUGCAGCUGCUUUUGGACUUUAUGCUAGAUGUCCUUCUGAUGCCUUAUGGAUAUGUGUUAAAUGAAUCCCAGAGUCGCCAAAAUUCAUCUUCAUCACAGGGUUCUUCUUCAAACAGUGGGGGAGGUUCUGGAAUCCCACAGCCUCCCCCAGGAAUGAGCUUUUAUGCAGCUAAACGAGUUAUUGGUGAUAACCCAUGGACACCUGAACAGUUGGAACAGUGCAAAUUGGGCAUAGUGAAAUUUAUAGAAGCUGAGCAGGUGCCUGAACUCGAAGCUGUUCUCCACCUGGUGAUUGCUUCUAGUGACACACGCCAUAGUGUGGCAACAGCGGCAGACCUGGAAUUGAAAAGCAAGCAGAGUUUAAUUGACUGGAAUAAUCCUGCCAUCAUUAAUAAGAUGUACAAAGUAUACCUUGGGGAUAUACCACUGAAGACAAAAGAGGGAGCAGUUCUAAAGCCAGAGCUGAAAAGAGACCCGGUCAGUACCAGAGUGAAGUUAAAGAUUGUCCCUCAUCUCCUUCGUUCUAGACAGGCUGCUGAAACAUUCCCAGCUAACAUUCAGGUGGUGUAUGAUGGACUCUUCGGUACAAAUACAAAUUCAAAGUUAAGAACAUUGUCCCUGCAAUUUGUACAUCACAUUUGUAUAACCUGCCCAGAAAUCAAGAUUAAGCCACUAGGUCCUAUGCUUUUGAAUGGUCUCACUAAACUAAUAAAUGAAUAUAAAGAGGACCCUAAACUGUUGUCAAUGGCAUAUUCAGCUGUUGGAAAACUCUCCAGUCGAAUGCCCCAUUUAUUCACUAAGGAUAUAGCUCUUGUGCAACAGCUUUUCGAAGCCCUGUGUAAGGAAGAGCCUGAGACUCGACUUGCCAUUCAGGAAGCAUUAUCUAUGAUGGUUGGAGCGUAUAGUACCUUAGAAGGAGCACAGAGAACUUUAAUGGAGGCACUUGUAGCUUCAUAUUUAAUAAAGCCUGAAGUUCAAGUUCGGCAAGUUGCGGUGAAAUUUGCCAGCACGGUGUUUCCCUCAGAUCAUAUACCUUCCAGAUACUUGCUCCUACUAGCCGCAGGAGACCCACGAGAAGAAGUCCAUGGUGAAGCACAGCGUGUAUUACGAUGUCUUCCUGGUAGAAACAAAAAGGAAAGCACUUCUAAGCAGAUGCCAUCUUUUCCAGAAAUGGUGUAUUACAUUCAAGAAAAGGCUUCCCAUCGAAUGAAAACUCCAGUCAAAUACAUGACUGGAACUACUGUCCUUCCAUUUAACCCAGCAGCAUUUGGAGAGAUAGUCCUGUACUUGCGCAUGUGCCUGGCUCAUAGUGCAGGGGUGGUGCCCACCUCUCAGAGUUUGGCUGAUAUGCAAGAUCACGCUCCAGCCAUUGGACGGUACAUUCGGACAUUAAUGUCAAGCAGCCAGGCGACAGCUUCAUCUUCUAAUAAGAGUGGAGAGACCAACCCUGUUCAGAUCUACAUUGGCCUGCUUCAACAGCUAUUAGCAGGGGUUGGAGGUUUGCCAGUCAUGUACUGUCUAUUGGAAGCUGUGUCAGUGUAUCCAGAAAAAUUGGCUACCAAAUUUGUAGACAAAACAGAAUGGAUCAAGAGUCUGAUGAGUAGCAGUAAAGAAGAAAUGCGUGAACUGGCGGCUUUGUUUUAUUCUGUGGUUGUAUCAACAGUGUCCGGAAAUGAAUUAAAGUCAAUGAUAGAACAGCUUAUAAAGGCUACAAAAGACAAUCAUAGCCCUGAGGUACAACAUGGAUCCUUGCUUGCAUUGGGAUUCACUGUGGGAAGAUACUUGGCUAAGAAGAGAAUGAGAACAGCAGAGCAGCACGACCUGGAGACAGAUGCUGAUCUCUUGCCUGAGCAAGAGGAGCUCAUUCGGAGUGCUACAGAAACAAUAGGUUCAUUUUUAGACAGUACAUCACCUCUGUUGGCAAUUGCUGCCUGCACAGCCCUAGGUGAAAUUGGCAGAAAUGGUCCUCUCCCAAUCCCCAGUGAAGGAUCUGGAUUUACCAAACUGCAUCUGGUAGAAAGCUUACUCAAUAGAAUCCCUUCUAGUAAAGAAACAAAUAAGAUGAAAGAACGAGCAAUCCAAACAUUGGGCUAUUUUCCAGUUGGGGAUGGGGGUUUUCCCCACCAGAAACUCCUUUUGCGAGGUCUGAUGGAUUCUGUGGAGGCCAAGCAGAUCGAACUUCAGUUCACUAUUGGUGAAGCAAUCACCAGUGCUGCAAUAGGAACUCACUCUGUGGCUGCCCGAGAUGCCUGGCUGGUGACUGAGGAAGAGUAUACACCUCCUGCUGGUGCCAAAGUGAAUGAUGUUGUCCCUUGGGUUUUAGAAGUUAUUUUAAGUAAGCAUAUUAUCAGCCCCAACCCACAUGUGAGGCAAGCAGCCUGCAUCUGGCUCCUUUCACUUGUGAGGAAGCUAAGUACCCACAUAGAAGUGAAGUCUCAUCUUAAGGAAAUUCAGAGUGCGUUUAUUUCAGUUCUGUCAGAAAACGAUGAACUCAGCCAAGAUGUUGCCUCAAAAGGGCUUGGGUUGGUUUAUGAGCUGGGCAACGAACAAGAUCAGCAAGAAUUGGUGUCUACACUUGUAGAAACACUUAUGACUGGCAAAAGAGCUAAACAUGAAGUUUCUGGAGAGACAGUGGUAUUUCAAGGGGGAGGCCUUGGCAAAACACCUGAUGGCCAGGGCCUUUCUACUUACAAAGAGCUUUGUUCUCUGGCAAGUGAUCUUAGUCAGCCAGAUCUUGUAUAUAAAUUUAUGAAUCUGGCAAAUCAUCAUGCUAUGUGGAACUCCAGGAAGGGUGCUGCUUUUGGUUUUAAUGUAAUUGCUACCAGAGCUGGAGAACAGCUGGCUCCUUUUCUGCCUCAACUCGUUCCUCGACUUUAUCGUUACCAGUUUGAUCCCAAUCUCGGAAUUCGACAAGCUAUGACAAGUAUUUGGAAUGCAUUGGUCACUGACAAGUCAAUGGUGGAUAAGUAUUUGAAAGAAAUUCUUCAAGAUUUGAUUAAAAACCUUACCAGCAACAUGUGGCGAGUUCGAGAAUCCAGCUGUUUAGCUUUGAAUGAGUUAUUGAGAGGAAGACCUUUAGAUGACGUCAUUGACAAACUUCCAGAAAUGUGGGAAACACUUUUUAGAGUACAAGAUGAUAUUAAGGAAUCUGUACGGAAAGCAGCAGAACUAGCUCUGAAAACUCUGAGCAAGGUUUGUGUGAAAAUGUGUGACCCUGCCAAAGGAGCAGCUGGCCAGAGAACCAUUGCUGUCCUCCUGCCCUGCCUUCUGGACAAAGGAAUGAUGAGUCCUGUGACGGAAGUCCGAGCCCUCAGCAUUAACACCCUUGUGAAGAUCAGCAAAAGUGCAGGAGCCAUGUUGAAACCACAUGCACCCAAACUCAUCCCAGCACUGCUAGAGUCCUUAAGUGUGUUGGAGCCUCAAAUUCUCAAUUAUUUGAGUCUCCGUGCUACAGAACAAGAAAAGGUUGUAAUGGACAGUGCUCGGCUCACUGCCGCCAAGUCCUCUCCCAUGAUGGAGACAGUCAACAUGUGCCUGCAAUAUCUUGAUGUUUCGGUGCUGGGCGAGCUAGUUCCUAGGUUAUGUGAACUGAUCAGAAGUGGUGUAGGUCUUGGAACUAAGGGAGGCUGUGCCAGUGUCAUCGUGUCUCUGACUACUCAGUGUCCCCAGGACCUAACGCCCCACUCAGGUAAACUUAUGAGUGCUUUGCUUAGUGGUCUGACAGAUCGGAACAGUGUAAUUCAGAAAUCCUGUGCAUUCGCCAUGGGCCAUUUAGUUCGGACUUCACGGGACAGCAGCACUGAAAAACUGCUACAGAAGCUCAAUGGCUGGUACAUGGAGAAAGAAGAACCUAUUUACAAGACCGCUUGUGCUUUGACUAUUCAUGCAAUUGGAAGAUACAGUCCUGAUGUGUUGAAGAACCAUGCCAAAGAAGUUCUGCCCUUGGCGUUUCUAGGCAUGCAUGAAAUUGCUGAUGAGGAGAAAUCUGAAAAAGAAGAGUGUAAUUUGUGGACUGAAGUAUGGCAGGAAAAUGUACCUGGCUCCUUUGGAGGUAUUCGAUUAUACCUGCAGGAGUUGAUUACUAUUACCCAGAAGGCUUUACAGUCGCCGUCUUGGAAAAUGAAAGCCCAGGGUGCAAUUGCUAUGGCAUCAAUUGCGAAACAAACAAGCUCUCUAGUACCUCCACAUCUGGGAAUGAUACUGAGUGCUUUGGUGCAAGGCCUGGCUGGAAGAACAUGGGCGGGAAAGGAAGAACUACUAAAAGCCAUUGCCUGUGUGGUGACAGCUUGCAGUACAGAGUUGGAAAAGUCUGUACCCAAUCAACCCACCACAAAUGAAAUUCUUCAGGCCGUCUUGAAGGAGUGUUGCAAAGAGAAUCUGAAAUAUAAGAUUGUAGCAAUCAGCUGUGCAGCUGAUGUUUUGAAAGCCACCAAAGAAGACAGGUUCCAGGAGUUUUCUGACAUUGUCAUACCCCUCAUCAAGAAGAACUCACUUGAAAGCAUGGGAAUCCGGAGCACCAAAGCUGAAGAUGAAAAUGAUAAGGAAAGAGAGCUGCAGCUGGAGUCUUUGUUGGGUGCCUUUGAGAGCUUGGGCAAAGCAUGGCCCAGGAAUCCAGAAACUCAACGCUGUUACCGUCAGGAGCUGUGCAAACUGAUGUGUGAACGACUGAGACUCAGCACAUGGAAAGUGCAGCUCGGUGUCCUCCAGUCGAUGAACGCCUUUUUCCAGGGGUUAAUGCUUUUGGAAGAAGAACAUGCAGAUCCUGAAGCUCUGGCUGAAAUUCUUCUUGAAACUUGUAAAUCAAUUACUUAUUCUUUAGAAAAUAAGACCUACUCAUCUGUGAGAACAGAAGCUUUAUCUGUGGUAGAAUUACUGCUUAAAAAACUUGAAGAAGCUAAACAGUGGGAAAGUUUGACAGCAGAAUGCAGAAGACUCUUGGUUGAGUCUUUAGCUACUAUGGAGACAGACAAUAGACCCGAACUGCAGGAGAAAGCCUCAGUAUUGAAGAAAACACUUGAAAGUCUGGAAUGAGUGAGAAUGGGAGGAAAGAAACAAGUGCCAUGUUCUUUUGGGAUUGGAAGUUUGGAAAUGGUGGUGUUCUUUAAAAAACAAGUGGGGGGAGUAAAGAUUACUCUGUAGCAUGCAUCAUUCCUUGGCUGAAAUAAAAAAAAAAAAAAGCCUUAAAUUUUGCUUCUUACUAGCUUUAUUUUACUUGUCUUUAAAGUAUGUGGGCUAAGUGUGCUUAGUAGAACUUGGGUAUUCAAAAGGUAGUUGUAAAUAAGUCUGCCAGCCAUUGUUGCUAAAAGAACUGAAACUAUUAUAAAUGGAAUACAGGGCAAAGCUGGAUUAAAAUCUUUGAACUACAUCCAAGCUAAAGUUAUUGCAGGAAGGGAUCCUGUAAGUCACUUGAUUUAUAAUCCACUUGCAUACCCAAAGUAAUAGGGUUGGGGAUGACAGCUUCCUUCCUGAGGGCAGAGUCAAGGCCAUACCCAGAGUUUAAUGUCCUGUCCUAGAUACUUUUCUCAACCUGCUACAAAACCAGUGUUACCUUGCCAUACCCUAGAAAUUCCCAAAGGGAGGUACAUUUAGGGUCUCAUACAACAGUUCUUAUACCAGAGCUAAACUGACUCUUUAUCACUGGGUUCUUGACAGUCAGAUGCUGCACAUUUCCUGUGUAUAGGUAGUCAAUUUUUAGGAAAUGGUUGUUCAGCAUGCUUACAGGUUGAGAAUAAUUGGGAUUCCAUAAAAUUCUGAUUGAAGUCUUUUCACUAGAAGAUGAAAAUAGAUGGGAACAAGAUUGUUCUUCUAUCUGUAUCUGUGAUUAUGUAUUUUUUUAAAAUCUAAACAACAGUAAAAGUUAGAGACUGCCUUGGUUUAGACCACUUAAAAUCUCAAAACUGUAACGGUAACAACAUUUUCUACUACUUACUGUCAUGUGUACAGUGUGACGUGGUAGGAUAGAUGGAAAGCCUUUUAUUUGACUGUCUAGGGAUUUCUCUUUCUUAAAUGCCCUUUCUCAAAUUAGCAUGAUACCACUUCAGGAGAACUGCUGUUGCCGGGGUCCUCCCCUGCUUUCUGCUGCUCCUGCACCUGCUAAAGGGUGCAAAGUUGGUUUAACUUAAAGGUUUAUGGUAAGCUAAAAACUCUAGCUUGUCUUGGGUUCUGGAGCACAAAAUGAAUUUAUACAUUUGGUACUGUCCCCUUAAUGACAUCAACACCUGGAAUCUCUGUGUUCGAUAUUUUUGGUGGAAACUCAAUGUUUAUUAGUUUGGUAUUCUCCAGACCAGUGUAUUUAAAAUAUUUUUAACUGUGACUCACAAUAAAAAUAACCUUUUACAUCAUGACCCAGAAUGUGUGUGUGUGUGUGUGUGUGUGUGUGUGUGUGUGUGUGUGUGUAUGUAUGUGUGUGUGUGUGUGUGUGUGUUAUGUAUGUAUGUUUGAAUGUAAAAUCUUUAACUGAAAUAAAUAUUUCUUGAAGAAAUAGUUAAGUUUGAUAUAUUUUCAUCUCUCUGUGUGUCUCUUGUUGUAAAUGUUCUUCAGACUCACUACAUUUGUUUCCUAAUUCACAACUAGGUUGCUAUUCACGUUUGAACAAUGCUGUCAUUGAUCGUACCUGAACUACUUUGUUUGGGAAUGUUUCUGAAUGAAAACUGUUUACAACUAAAAUAUUCAGUGCUCAGUAUCAUCUUUGCUGAUACUGUACUGUACUAGUGAGUUUGCAGAACAUCGUGAAUUUUAAGGAAUCUAAUGUGGAAUUGCAUUUAAGAAAGACUUUUGCUGUAGAGAAAAAACAAAUGGCUUCAGAUGUUCUUCAGAAAGCUGUGGCCUCUCAGGUCUUGGUGUUUGGGGAUCAGCACUGAAUGACUAAGGACCUAUCUGACUUUCAUUUGUAGUACCCAGGGUACUUCCUUGGCAAGAAUACAAUGCAGGUCAGGUGUGUUGAAGGUGAGAGUGUAAGGGCAAGAAUGACAUACUUGGUCUGUAGCAAACAUUGAAACCUCAUCAAAUUUUAUGCUUUUAAAGCUUUUUGUUAUUUAAUAUUGGGGAUUUCCCUUGGUGCUGAGAGUGGUGCUAAGACACCUGAACCUUAGUGCUAUUGAACUGCAUUUCCUUUACUUUCUUGAGCACAUUUCUAAUUUAUAUACUUAAUGCCUUCAUGUUUGCUAGUCAAAUUAUUUUCACAGCUAGUAAUAUUGUUACUGUUUCAAAUGUAGUUUGUAGUUGGUAUACAUAUGUUUACUUUCAAAGGUUAAUAACCAGGAUUUUGUAAUUGUGAAAUGUUGGGACUGGUGAACAGGCGAUAAAAGUACCUGUACAUUCAUUCAUAGAUCAUCAGUCUUUGUUUGCAAAAGCAAUCUUGAACAGGUUUGGUUUUUCUCUAUAUAGUUACUUCUAUUUGCCACACAGAUAACUAAUUUGUAAAACCUGUUUCCUAUUCCUGCCAUUAGUUCACUAACUAUAUCUUUAUUGAUAUGUGAAAAGGAGAUGUUUGAAAUGUGGCAGUUGGAUUAAACAUGAAAAUGGGCUACGGUUUUGGUAGUCAAAAGCAGCUGUUUCAUUGAAUGUUUGUGCCCAAUUUACAGUUCCUGGGGGAUCUUGUCUAUAACAUAGUCCACCUUUAUAAGGGGACUACCAAAUCCCCAUUGCUUUGCCCUUCCUUUUUAAAAACUCAUGUAUUAUUAACAAGAAAAAGAAUAAAAAUAUGACCUCACUGGUUGGUGUUCUAUCAGCAGUUGUGCUGUGUGAACACUGCCUGCCCUUGGGAACAUUUCUACCUGCUGCUGUCACAGUAUAUUCAUGCUGCUUGUUAAGUUCAGGGAGUUAUUUUGACAUUGGCACUACUGAACUGUGCAAUCUGUCAUUAAAUGGAUGUAUAUGUAACAGAUUUUUGUAUUUUAUAUGCAACUUCUUCAUAGAUCUGCAAUAUGUACUUAGCUGCCUAAGCAUGAAAUAGACUUACUUGAAAGGAAAACUUCACCUAUACCCCAAAGAUAUUAAAUGGUAAAUAAAAGCUGCAUGACUUGG